AGCUCUCUACUGCGUUUGAACGAGCACCGCGGUCACGUGAGCGAGACGGCAGCAGCAGCGGGCACGGUGGCACCGCAGUGGAUACACGGGCAGCUUCGCUCCUGUGCACCACUACAAUCUAGGAUCAGAGGGAAGCCGAGCGAAACCGAAAACCGAAAAAACCCGCCCGGUGAUGACGGGUCUCCAGUAACGCGUCUGCUCGCUGUCCAUCCGCGCUCACACUCAUGCGGUCUAUUUUUGCACCGUGAAAUACACGUUUGACACCGUGUGCUCGGGAGACACAGAGAGACACCGAGGCUCGGAUGUGUUGGAGUCGCAAUGGCAGACCGUGAUUCGUUACCGCUGCCGUUGGAGGUGCGCGCACGGCUCGCGGAGCUGGAGCUGGAGCUGUCGGAGGGUGAUAUCACCCAGAAGGGCUACGAGAAGAAAAGAUCCAAACUUUUACAAGCCUACCUACCUCAUACACCAGGGGCAGAGCGCCGCAUCCCUGUCACACCAUCUUCAUCGUCUUCCUCAUCCUCCCGUUACCAACGCAGACGGUCCACUGGCACGAGAGAUGAACGUUACCGCUCAGAUGUUCACUCAGAAGCUGUUCAGGCUGCGCUGGAGCGACACAGUGAGAGAAAGAUGGCUGUGCUGUUGCCAUCCAAGCGGCAGUCGCUCAUCGGUCAAACCUCCAUGGACACGUAUACACCUCCAGACUCGUCCUCCGGCUCUGACGCUGAGGGCUCUCUGGGGAGGGCGGGGGGAGUCAGCGUGGACUCCUGGAUCAGCAGAGCUCUCCAUGGCUCACCUUCAACAUCUUCGUCAUCAUCGUCGCACAGCAACAGCUCUGCCAGCGCAGCCCGACUCGCAGAGACCAACAUGCAUUCAUAUGGCAUUGGUCCAAUGUCUCAUCUGUCUCUGAAAAGGUGGGGCUUAAGAGAAAUGGGCGUUUCUGCUGAGAAUGGAAUAGUUAGCAAGCACUCAACUGACUACCAAUCAGAUCGCCCUUGGUCGUCUCUAGAUUCUGAGGACAGUCUGUCGGCCCCUCCUGAUAUCACCAGCUACAUGCCAGACCCCGCCCCCAUCUCUGUUCAACGCCCACAGGUCGCCAUGAUAACCAGGCCCCCGCCCAAAUAUGGCAACGCUGAGCUGAUGGAGACAGGAGAUGGUGUGCCUGUUAGUAGCCGUGUGUCAGCAAAGAUCCAGCAGCUAGUUAACACAUUGAAGCGACCCAAGCGAAGACCCCUGAGAGAAUUCUUUGUGGAGGAUUUUGAAGAACUUCUGGAAGUGCAACAGCCUGAUCCUUCUCUGCCACGCCCAGAGGGGGCGGAGUCAACCCCCAUACAAGGAGACGAGCUUGACGGACUCAAGAACUGCCCUGCCUCCCUGGAAGCAGCCCUUCUGCGCUGGGGAGCCAUUGCACCCAAAGCUCCCUGUCUGACCACUACGCACAGCAAUGCCAAACAACCGUACACACUUACAUAUGGUAAGCUCUGGUCCAAGAGUUUAAAGUUGGCCUAUAACCUUCUCCACAAACUGGGAUCCAAACAAGAGCCAAUCAUUCACCCUGGAGACAGGGUAGCAUUGGUUUACCCCAACAGUGACCCAGCAGCGUUUAUGGUAGCGUUUUAUGGCUGUCUUUUGGCUGAAGUUGUUCCUGUCCCUAUUGAAGUACCACUUACAAAGAAGGAUGCUGGGAGUCAACAAAUUGGUUUCCUUUUGGGUAGCUGUGGAGUUGCCGUGGCGUUAACAAGUGAUGCAUGUCAUAAAGGUCUUCCCAAGAGUGCUAGUGGUGAUGUCAUGCAGUUUAAAGGCUGGCCAAAGUUGCUCUGGGUGCUGACUGACUCCAAACAUUUAUCUAAACCCCCUCGAGAGUGGUUUCCUCUCAUUAAAGAUGCUAACAAUGACACAGCGUACAUAGAGUAUAAGACCUGCAAGGAUGGGAGUGUGUUGGGAAUAACUGUGACAAGAAUGGCAAUGCUCACACACUGCCAAACACUUACACAUACUUGCGGAUACACUGAAGCUGAGACUUUGGUGAAUGUAUUGGACUUUAAGAAAGGCAUCGGCCUUUGGCACAGUGUUCAAACGAGUGUGUUCAAUAUGUUACAUGUGGUCAGUGUUCCAUAUGCACUUAUGAAGGUGAAUCCUCUGUCCUGGAUCCAAAAAGUCUCCCAGUACAAAGCUAAGGUGGCAUGUGUGAAGAGCAGGGAUCUACACUGGGCUCUGAUGGCCUGCAAAGACCAGAGUGACACCAACAUGAGCUCACUGCGAGUGUUGCUGAUCGCUGAUGGAUCAAACCCCUGGUCGAUAUCCUCCUGCGACGCAUUCCUAAAUGUGUUUCAGAGCUUGGGCUUGAGGUCAGAGGUCAUAUGUCCGUGUGCUGGCUCCCCUGAGGCCCUAACUGUAGCUGUGAGGAGGCCUCAGGAGGGCAGCUCUAAGCCAGCAGGCCGAGGAGUCUUAAGUAUGACGAAUCUGAGUCACGGGGUCAUCAGAGUGGACACGGGGGAGAAGCUGUCCGUCCUCACCCUACAGGAUGUGGGCACGGCCAUGCCAGGAGCAAUGGUGUGUGUUGUUAAACUGGAGGGUGUUCCUCAACUAUGUAAAACCGAUGAGAUUGGAGAGAUCUGCGUGUCGUCUGUUGCCACAGGGACAUCAUAUUAUGGGCUUACAGGAAUGAGCAAGAACACAUUCGAGGUGUGUCCAGUGGCAUGUGACGGAGGAUUGGUUAGCGAUUGUGUAUUUGUGAGGUCAGGUCUGCUGGGGUUUGUGGGUCCUGGAGGGAUGAUCUUCGUCUCUGGUACACUUGAAGGACUGAUGCAGGUCGGAGGUCGCAAACACAAUGCUGAUGAUAUCAUCGCUACCGCUCUUGCUGUGGAGCCCAUGAAGUUCAUCUAUAGAGGAAGGACGGUGGUGUUCUCAGUGAAUGUGUUGUAUGAUGAGAGAAUUGUGCUGGUAGCAGAGCAGAGACCAGAUUCUACUGAAGAAGAGAGUUACCAGUGGAUGAGCCGAGUGUUGCAGGCUAUAGAUGGGAUUCAUCAGGUGGGGGUGUACUGUCUGGCCUUGGUUCCUGCCAACACCCUCCCCAAAACCCCUCUGGGCGGAAUCCACCUGUCUGAGACCAAACAGCUGUUCCUGGAGGGAGCACUACACCCUUGCAGCAUCCUCAUGUGUCCUCAUUCCUGCAUCACCAACCUGCCCAAACCCAGACAGAAACAACCCGAGGUGGGUCCUGCCUCUGUGAUGGUGGGGAAUCUCGUGGCAGGAAAGCGAAUGGCUCAGGCCAGCGGACGAGACCUGAGUCACAUGGAGGACAAUGAGCAGUUCCUGUUUCUGUCGGAGGUGCUGCAGUGGAGAGCUCAGACAACACCUGACCACAUACUCUACACACUCAUUAACUCACGGGGGGCAGCAGGAAGCUCUCUGACCUGUCUACAGCUGCACAAGAGAGCAGAGAAAAUUGCCACUUUGCUGUAUGAAAGAGGACAGCUAAGAGACGGAGACCAUGUGGCAUUAGUUUAUCCACCAGGUUUAGAUCUCAUCGCCGCCUUUUACGGCUGUCUGUACGCAGGCUGUAUUCCUAUAACUGUACGGCCGCCUCACCCUCAGAACAUUUCCACUACACUACCUACAGUUAAAAUGAUCUUAGAGGUGAGUCGUUCAGUGUGUGUUAUGACCACCCAAGCAAUCUCUAAACUUCUUAAGUCCAGAGAUGCAUCAGUGGCUGUGGACUUUAAAUUAUGGCCUCCUAUCCUGGAAACAGACGACUUGCCAAAGAGGCGUUGUCCCCUGCUGUACAAGCCAUGUGACCCAGACUCAUUGGCGUAUCUGGACUUCAGUGUGUCUACUACAGGCAUGCUCGCUGGAGUGAAGAUGUCUCACAAUGCAACCAGUGCCCUGUGUCGCUCUGUUAAACUGCAGUGUGAGUUAUAUCCCUCUCGAGAGGUGGCCGUGUGUCUCGACCCAUACUGUGGCCUUGGCUUUGUCUUAUGGUGUCUCUGCAGCGUGUAUGCAGGGCAGCAGUCUGUUUUGAUCUCUCCAAUGGAUCUAGAGGUGAAUCCUGCUUUGUGGCUACAGUCCGUCAGUCAGUUUAAAGUCCGAGACACAUUCUGCUCGUACUCUGUGAUGGAGCUCUGCACGAGAUCUCUCAGCUCUCUUACUGACUCUCUAAAGGCCCGUGGGAUGGAUUUGACCCGUGUGCGUUCGUGUGUGGUUGUGGCAGAAGAGCGGCCUCGUGUCGCUUUGACGCAGUCCUUCUGUAAGCUCUUUAAGGACGUGGGGUUGCAUCCACGUGCCGUCAGCACCGCCUUCGGCUGCAGGGUCAAUCUCGCGAUCUGCCUACAGCCUCAUAGGUUGGGGAAGCUUGCUGAGCAGGGAACAUCAGGACCUGAUCCUACGACUGUCUAUGUGGACAUGAGAGCACUGAGACAUGACAGGGUGAGACUGGUUGAAAGAGGAUCUCCACACAGUCUACCUCUCAUGGAAUCUGGGAAGAUUUUACCUGGUGUACGCAUUAUCAUCGCUAACCCAGAGACAAAGGGGCCAAUCGGAGACUCGCAUUUAGGGGAGAUCUGGGUCCACAGUCCACAGAAUGCAAGUGGGUACUUUACUGUGUUCGGAGAGGAAAAUGUCCGUUCGGAUCAUUUCGGAGCCAGGUUGAGCUUUGGAGACACUCAGACUGUGUGGGCCAGAACUGGAUACCUGGGCUUCCUGCGAAGGACCGACCUCACUGAUGCAAGCGGAGAAAGGCACGAUGCCCUUUAUGUGGUGGGAGCGUUAGAUGAAGUCAUGGAGCUGAGAGGUAUGAAAUACCAUCCCAUUGACAUUGAAACGUCCAUCAUCAGGGCACACCGGAAUAUCACAGAGUGUGCGGUGUUCACAUGGACGAAUCUCUUAGUGGUGGUGGUGGAGUUGGACGGUUCGGAGCAGGAAGCUCUAGAUCUGGUUCCCAUGGUAACUAACGUGGUUCUAGAGGAACACUACUUGAUUGUCGGCGUAGUGGUCGUGGUGGACACGGGCGUGAUUCCCAUCAACUCUCGCGGAGAGAAGCAACGCAUGCACCUGCGGGACGGCUUCCUCGCCGACCAGCUCGACCCCAUAUAUGUGGCUUACAACAUGUAGAAACAGACACGCACACUGAUGAUCUUAAAGACAGGCUCAUCCUCAUGAGCUCAGGCACAACAACCAUGAUUUCCAGCACCUUCUCACUCUCAGCACUUCUGUCAGCCUGCUAACUGAACACCCUCAAAAUAGCAAACACACACUCGCACAUCAUUCACAGUGGGACUUGCAAGACUCCUGUAGCAUAUCGUUUUCAGUUUUUAAUUGUGUCGCCCAAUAUUUUGCUAGUGUUGGUUAUUUUUUUAACUUGCACACUACAUUUAAUUUAAAGAACAGGGGUUUUUAUAUUAUAAAUAUGGCUGUUGCCAAUUAAUUUCAUGUUAUUUAUUUGUGUUUUUAAACCUGUGGUCACAAAUAUACCUGGCAUAUUUGUGCUUUUACGUACGUUUCUUUACAUAUUGUUGUUUUAAUGCUUGUCUUUGCUGUUGUCUUUGUUGAUACACAUUUUUGAAGUUGUAUUAGAAUAUCACAUAAUGACUUAUUUAGCAUGUUGGUCAUUUUAAAGAUACUAAUGUUAAGUCAUUUUCAUAAUUGUUGAUUAUGUACAGAAAACUGUUUCGGGUUUUGUUUUGCAAUAUCAUUUUUGUGAUUUAAUAGUUUAGGCUAAUGUUUAGGUCAUGUAUAUGAAUAAGAUCAUAUCUGCACUGUGAUACGCAUAAAUAUAGACCUAUGUGAACUAGAAUUUGCAUUCUAGAUUCAUUGCCCAGCAUCAGCUGAUCUCUCCUGUUUUAUGUCUACAUCUAGAGAGACAGAGAGCGAGGGAGGGAUGGAAAGAAUGACAGAAAGAGGACAUAUGCACAAUGUGUGUUUAUUAUAUCUUUAUUUAUUUUUGAAGCUUCCAUUACCUGUAAAAUACAAAAGCACUUUGAUUAUGUCACGAUGUCUUUUCAUAUGUCAAUAAAAUAUUUUCAACUAUU